AUGCAUUGCGCAGUCUUCUUACUCGCUGCUCUUGCGUCUCACGCAGCCGCUGUGGAAGUCACUUCUACCACCUCUUCCGUGCCUGGCUCGUCUUCAACCGCCCUGUUGGUUGUUUCCUCAUCAACGGAUUUGUCUAUCUCGCUUACCUUGACCGCCAGCCGAAGGACUGUCAUCGCUGGGGGACAACCCGUGAGUUCUCAAACGAACGCAACGAGCUCGAAGGGUGCAGCUGCUACCAUGAACACCGGACAGGCUGGCGGUGUUGCUGCCGUAGCGAUUGGGGUUGUUGCUUGGCUUGUUGCCAUGAACUUCCUACCUGCAGCGCUUGAGAAAUUCAUGAUCCCCUAUCUGGUCUGA